GAUGGCACCUGAGGUCAUGGAGCAGUUGCAUGGAUAUGACUUCAAGGCCGAUAUUUGGUCAUUUGGAAUAACUGCUUUAGAGCUUGCUCAUGGGCAUGCUCCAUUCUCAAAAUAUCCCCCAAUGAAGGUAUUGCUUAUGACUUUGCAAAAUGCACCACCUGGCCUAGAUUACGAAAGAGACAAGAAAUUCUCUAAGUCUUUUAAGGAGAUGAUAGCUAGUUGCUUGGUAAAAGAUCCUUCAAAAAGGCCAUCUGCAAAGAAGUUGUUAAAGCAUUCCUUUUUUAAGCAAGCAAGGUCAAAUGACUACAUAUCAAGGAGACUUUUGGAGGGAUUGCCUGCUCUUGGUGAUCGUAUUGAGGCAUUGAAGAGAAAAGAAGAGGAUAUGCUUGCACAAAAGAAGAUGCCUGAUGGACAAAAGGAGGAAAUAUCGCAGAAUGAAUAUAAACGAGGAAUUAGUGGUUGGAACUUCAAUCUUGAUGAUAUGAAGGCUCAAGCUUCCCUGAUACAAGAUGUUGAGGACCCUACAGCUGAUAAUAAUAUGAGAGGAAGUUCAAGUUCAUUGGCUACACUCGAUGCAUUUGAAAAGCAAUUACAGUUUCAGCACUCCUUGGAACAAAUUCCAGAAAUGGAUGAUAAUGAUCUGAUACAAAAUCAACCCACUUCUGUUCCAUUAUUCAACUCAUCUGUAAAUAUUUCAAAAGUUAGAAGUGAAAAAUCUGAUGAUGACUUCAGUAUUGCAAGUCCACGCUAUGAACAACUUGUUUCACAUAUUCCUUCACCACCUGAUGAUAGUGUGGAAGACAACAUGUCUGAAAAAUCUGUUUUUGAGAUCAGUGGAAAAUCAAUGGAGGGCAUAGCUUCUCAACAGAAAACAGGAGGUUUAUCAGGUGGCUCUAAUUCACCAGAAAACGUAGUUCCUCCUAAUAAAGGAGAAAGUGAUGAGUUGCAAAAUCAACCACAAAAUAAUCCAAGUCCAGAAGGUGAGGAUGUACUUUCCGAAAUUCCUCCUAAAGCAUCUAAAUUAUCAGCAGCACCUAACAGUGAUGAACUUGAUGAGAAAGCAAAACCACCAGUUGUUCAGCAAAGGGGACGUUUCAAGGUGACUUCAGAGAACGUUGGUAUAGAAAAGGUGGUUCCACUUCCUAUAUUGCACAAGAGUCAUAGUAUGCAGGUGCUUCACCAACAUCCUGUAAUGUCUAUACCGUCACCAUCUGAUGCCACAUCAUCAACUCUUUCUGGUCAUUCUUUGUUUCCAAUGUUGAAUUCCGUUUUGCAGACAAACAUUCUUCAGAGGGAUACCAUUCUCAAUCUAAUGAAGCAAGUUUGUGACACUUCAGCCAACCGUGCCAUUGAUGGAGGAUCCAUGCUGACACAAUUAGGUUCCACAGAGAGAGUAUUGCUAGAAGCAGCACAUGACAGGGAGAAAGAGUUGCUUCAUGAAAUAACCGAGUUGCAGUGGAGGCUUAUACGUGUUCAAGACGAACUCCAAAAAUAUAGAACAGAAAAUGCACAGAUAUGAUUUCAGUAUUGAACUUGCAGCCUGAUGAACGUAGAACAAAUUUUACACAAAUGAAGUUAAAAGAGAGGAAGGAAAGUGCAUAAUGAUCAAGAUACAAACACAUGAUUAAAAAUAUUGGUAGCUCAUGAUUAUUUGUAGCAUAGAUUUGUUUUGUUUUGCUUUAGGCAGAAGAAAGAAACAGUUCAUAGUUAUUACCCAACUUGUGCAGAUUCAUCAAAUUAUAAGUUGUAAAUUUCUGAUAUUAUCUUUUCCAAGCCAACUUGGUUGUUGUAAAUAUACCUUGAUCUUAAUAGUGGUAUGCAUAUUCCAUAUUGACCUACA